AUAGGCUUUUCUCCGAACCAUUAACCCUUGUUCGAGAGGGAGAAGUUGAUUCAUUCAAUGGAGCCCAGCCAAAACAGGGACAGGGUGAAUCCGAUGGGGUGAAGGACUCAUCCGAAGGUGAAGCAGACUCAGAAGGAGGGGAAAGAGAUGAGGACGAAAACGAAGUCACAGGGAGGACACGCCUGUGGAUUUGA